UAGUGCAUUUAGCGCGUUUUCAAGCGUCGGUUGUAGCGCUCACAAAAUCGAGCAGAAUAUAAAUAUAUAUAGUAUCGGAAAUAUCGGAAGUAUUGCAGUAAUGUAUAAGCUAUGUCUGCUGCUGCUGCUGGGAACACAGUGCCUGCCAGCAGCACUCGUCUACGAUGACAACGAACGCCUAAACUUGAGCGCCAGCUGUCCGGACGCCGUCUGCCGUCUGUGGGAGCUGCAGAGUGACUAUCAGCGACCACUGCGUUACGUGAGCGGCCAAGUACCGCAAUUGCAGCAGCUGCUGCUGGGCAACAGUCGUAUGCGUGUGCUGCCCGUGGAGCUGCUGCGACAGGCGCCCAAUCUGCGCAGCCUGAUAGUGCAGAACUGCAGUGUUUACCAUGUGAACAAGGAGGAUUUUCAGGCGACGCCACAGCUGAAGGAACUGCUGCUGCAGCGCAAUCACAUCGCACGGCUGAAGGAGCAACAGUUUGGGACACUGCAGCAGCUGCAGGUGCUCCAACUGGACCACAAUAUCAUACAAGUUGUGCACGCCCAGGCCUUUGAGGGCUUGGCGGAACUGCAGCUACUGGGACUGCAGGGCAAUGGGAUCACGCAACUGAUGGAGGGUGCUUUUGGAGCACUCACAAAUCUCAGACACCUGGAUCUGAGUGACAACGAGAUUAGAGAGAUCAAUGGACAGACCUUUGCCGGCAAUGGCAAAUUGCAAACGCUCCUGCUGAGUGGCAAUCAGCUGGCACAGUUUGAGCCCAACUCCUUGGCAGCACUGUCUCAGUUGCGUUUGCUCGAUCUGAGCAAUUGUGGCCAGCUUGAGGAGCUGCAUCUGCUGGGCGCUCAACGGCUGCUGCUGGAGGGCAGCGGUGUGCGGCGCCUAAUCAUCGACGGCGGCGUUAUCAAUCUUCAGGCGGGCAAAAAUACGCUGACUCAGUUGAGCAUUGGCGAUAAGAGUGCCGUCAUCGAACUGGACCUGCAUGGGAAUCAGCUGAACGGCAAUGCGACAUGGUCGCUGCUGCAGGGCAUGUGGAAUCUGCAGCGUCUGGAUCUGGCCAAAAACCAAAUUGAAUCGCUGUCUAGUGCGGACAGCUUGAGCCUGCUGCUGCCUAGUCUCACCCAUCUGAAUCUGGCCCACAAUCAGCUACGCAGUCUGCCACCAGAUACGGCGCUGCUGCCAACGCAUCUGCUCCAGCUGGACAUAUCCUACAAUCAUAUGCUCGCGGUGAGAGCACAAAACUUUGCAGCACUGCCGCGCCUACAGCGUCUGCAUAUGGAGGGCAAUCGCUUGCAUCAGUUCGAUCACGAGCUCUUCCAUCGGCAGCAUCCGCAUCUGCAGGAGCUGGGCAUCUGCGAUACCGAGGGCAGCUACAGUUUUAUGCACAAGAUGCUGCUCUACCUGAGCGAUCGUGGCGUCCACCUGCCUGUGCACUGCCUGCACAAGCCUGACAGCAGCAUGGACGCCAAAGCAAGGCUAGAUGAUCCAGCGGAGCCGAAUGCGGCACAAGCUCAAACAAGAGCGGGUGUCACCGGCAUUCAUCCAUAUUGGACAACACGUGAUGUCUUGGCUUUCCUCACCCUGUUGGUGGUGUUCAUCAUCUUGCUGAUGCAACUCUAUCGCAUCCUGGAGGAGGAGGGCUGGCUCCGACGCAUGCACCACUGGAUCAUGGGCAGGCAGCCAGCCGUGACCAACGGCACCAGACCCAGGCGCCUCGACGAGCAGGACUCUCAAAGCUCAAGUGAUUAAAUGUGAGAGCAAACAUGCACUUAGAGAAAUCUUUAGCACAUAUCAAUUGGCCAACGCAAGGUAAAUUUUUUUAAAAACAUUAUUUUGC